AUUGGAAUCCAACCAACCAAAUCAGUGGCUUAUGCGGCCUUCCUAUAAGACAAAGUAUUUGCUGCUUACACAAGGUGGACUGUCAUCCAAGGAUUCAUUUUCUGCUACGGGCCAGCUUCCAAGUUUUCCCCAUGAAAGUUUGGAGAGCGAAUGGGAAACAGCAAACGGAUACCACUUUAAGAGCAUGGCUUCAGUCCACGUUUUGCGGCACAUUUGCUCAAUUUCCAUAAAGACUUCACUCUUGAACAGGUUAACAGAUCAGGUUCUUUCCUUGACCAUCUUAUUGAAAUACAGCAGCAGCAAUAGGCUGCCGCAUACGGUUUGGCCAACCAGCUGACACGCUUAAGGAGAUGUUCAACGCUUUUUGAAAAUCUAUUCUCCAGCUCCUUUUUCUGUGAGACUGUUGCAAGUAGCGAUUGCUAUUUUGCACAGAACCAGCAUACCACAUAUAUUUGCAUGUGGCCACAAAAGCAACUGCUUGGAACUUUGUGUUCUUUGUUGGUUGAAGAAUGUCUGCUGCUAAAAACAGUUGAAAGUACUCAUUUUAAAACUUGCCAAAGUGUCAAAGGUGCCACAAAUAGGGUUUGUGUUUUCCUUGAGAAGUUUAUUCCGGACUUUCAGAAAUCUAAGGUGCUCAUAUUAUUCAUUGUAGAUUUACUGGAUAAUCUUCUGCUUGGCCGGGAUGGAGUUCUAACCUCAGUGGUAACACCUUUUCAUCCUUAUGUCAUUUCGAAGCAAAUGGAGCAGUUUGUCUUGCAGAAUUUCUAGAUGGUAAAGGAGUUUGAGAGGCAUCUGCCUGCUUUGCGCGAGCAAGAUGAGGAUAGAAGAUCUGUCGAAGAGGUUCAACUAUCUUGUUUUUGCAACAUCACCCCCUUAACUAAAAAACUGGCCAACAUGACCCCUUCAACUAUCAAAACUAAGCAACUUCACCCCCUCUCCACUUAAUUUUGUGGACGGAAAAGGAUCAAAUGACAAAUAUACCCUUAUGUAAAGUUAGGGCAGAUUAGAUCAUUUCAUCUCUCACAUCUCUCUCUCCAAUCGUCAAGUAAACCAUGAACCGACGAGGACACCGUGAACCCACCUAAACCCACCUGAGAUCGAUACGCCCACCUAAACCUAAGCCCUCCUGAGAUCGAAGCGCUCGAAACACCCACACACUGAACCAUUAAUCUCGAAUUGCAGACCUGUUUGAAACCCUAAACUGAACCAUCAAACCUGUUCACUUAACAAUCAAACCCGUUCGCUUGAAAUCGUACAUCUUUGCGAUCAUGCAAAGCCCCAAAGCUUUGAUUGUUACACGGUAAGUUAUGUACAGUUAUAUGCGUAUGGAUUUAAGUAAAAUAUUGAAAUCCAUGCUGAAGAACACUGAUUUUUAUGGAGGGCUUUAAAGAUGGGGGAUUUUUCUUUAAACUAAGUUGAAUCCGUUUUGGGAUUGAAGUAAAAUCUGGGCUCAAAAUCUGGGUUUGGUUGGGUUGUAUUUGGGGUGUUCCUGGUUAUGUGGAUAGAGAGAGGAGAAAAAGGAGAAUUCAAGUUCUGGGUUUGCGUUUGGAAUGAGGGAGGAAAUAAGUGGUAUUCAAAUUCUGGGUUUGAUCCAAAAAAGGGAUUUGGGUGUUCCUGGUUAUGGAGAGAGAGAAGAGAAGAAGAAGUGAAAUGAGGGGUAUUCAAAUUCUGGGUUUGAACUGAAAAAGGGGUUUGGGUGUUCUAGGUUAUGGAGAGAGAAGAGAAGAAGAGAAAUGAGGGGUAUUCAAAAUCUGGGUUUGAUAUGAAAAAGGGUAUUCAAAUUCUGGGUUUGGGUGUUCUUGGUUA